UAAUAAAAACCAAAGCAGGGACCACAACAGUUAAAAGUGGGGUCAAUACCAAGCUGUUAUUGUUCCAUUUCCAAUCUCUCAAGCUUUCAUCCCCUGUCAAGAUCUACUUUUUAACGCACACAAGUGCACACACAACCUGUGAUUUGUUCAACUUCUUUGGAUAUUUUUGUUUGUUUAUAUAGAGAGAAUGAUCUUUAGGUCACAGAGAUCUGAGAAUUUCUGAUUUAGAGCCCGAACAAGAUUGAUAAAUUAAGCAAUGGGGAAAAGAGGGAGUUGGUUCUCUGCUUUGAAGAAAGCCCUCGGUUCCUCUAAGAAAUCCAAAUCAAAGAAGAAAUGGUCAGAAAAAGAGAAGAACCGGGAUCUAGGUGUUUCUUCACGUGAAGAAACCGUUGCACCCUCUCUUUCUCCUCCUCGUACACCACCUCCUCCUACAGCAGAAGAUGUAAAAUUAACUGAAGCUGAGAACGAGCAGAGCAAGCAUGCUUAUUCCGUGGCGCUUGCCACUGCUGUGGCAGCUGAGGCAGCUGUUGCAGCCGCCCAGGCUGCGGCUGAGGUUGUUCGGCUUACUACAGUGGCACAUUACUCUGGAAAAUCGAAGGAGGAAAUAGCUGCAAUCAGGAUUCAAACAGCAUUUAGAGGAUACCUGGCGAGGAGGGCAUUGCGUGCUUUGAGAGGGCUGGUGAGAUUGAAGUCAUUGAUACAAGGGCAAUCUGUCAAACGGCAAGCAACUGCCACAUUACGAGCCAUGCAGACUCUUGCUCGUGUGCAGUCUCAGAUUCGUGCAAGAAGGAUCAGAAUGUCCGAGGAAAAUGAGGCCCUCCAACGGCAGCUCCAGCAGAAACAUGACAAAGAACUUGAGAAGUUGAGAACUUCUAUUGGAGAACAAUGGGAUGAUAGCCCACAAUCAAAGGAAGAAGUUGAAGCCAGCCUACUACAAAAGCAAGAAGCUGCCAUGAGAAGAGAAAGGGCACUGGCUUAUGCAUACUCGCAUCAGCAAAUGUGGAAGCAAUCUUCAAAAUCAGCAAAUGCUACAUUCAUGGAUCCAAACAAUCCUCGCUGGGGAUGGAGUUGGUUAGAGAGGUGGAUGGCAGCCCGACCUUGGGAGAGCCGAAGCACAAUAGAUAACAAUGAUCGGGCCUCUGUUAAGAGUACAACAAGCCGUACCAUGUCUCUUGGAGAAAUCAGCAGAGCUUAUUCUCGUCGUGAUCUUAACCAUGACAAUAAACCUUCUCCUGGUGCUCAGAAAUCAAGUCGGCCUCCCAGUCGGCAAUCACCCUCUACUCCUCCCUCUAAGGCACCAUCUACAUCUUCAGUAACAGGGAAAGCAAAGCCACCAAGCCCUAGAGGGAGUGCUUGGGGAGGAGACGAGGACUCCAGGAGCACAUUCAGUGUCCAGUCUGAGCGCUAUCGGAGACAUAGCAUAGCAGGGUCAUCAAUAAGAGAUGAUGAGAGUCUUGCAAGUUCGCCUUCAGUUCCAAGUUACAUGGCACCCACACGGUCACAGUCAGCAAAGGCAAAAUCCCGCUUGUCAAGCCCGCUAGGCAUAGAUAAUCAUGGGACACCAGAUAAGGCAUCAGUGGGUUAUGUAAAGAAGCGGCUUUCCUUCUCUGCUUCACCAGCUGGAGCAAGGAGACACUCUGGUCCUCCUAGGGUGGAUGCUAGUGCUGUUAAAGACAUUCAAAUGCACACAGAAGAUAAAAUGAGCAAUGGAGCAAGCAGCAAGUAGUGCAGGAGACGAGAGAAAAUUUUCAUUUUAGGUAUCAGUGAAAAAAAAAACAAAAGAUAUAAAAAUGGGUUUUAGAUUUUCAUCUUUGCCUCCAUUUUCUUCUUCGGUGUCUACUCUUUGUGAAACAAGUGAAGGGAGGGAAUAAAUGUGUUAUUGUUGUGAUUCAUGUUCUCAUCAUCAUUGUGAUCACCGUUAACUCCUUAUUCUUACAAUUAUUAGGGAUGUGUCAUUUGUUAUAUGUAGCAGGAUUGCUUCUGGGGAUGUUAACAAUUUGAUUUAUUUAGUUGUAGUAGUCUCGUCGGAAUAA